AUGAUGAUACAACGAUGGAGUCGGCCACCCCUAUCAUGUCGGCCUUGUCGCGAGAAGAAGCGUCGGGACAUCCAAUGUGAAUAUGGCCGACAAGGCCAAUCCGAGGAGCACCCGGGAGAGCGUGGAAUAAUACAAGCAACUUCCACUACUAUUGGAUCAAGCCAGACAGCUGCUGCCCUGUCAACGACCCGGUCCACCCCAUCGCCGGAACCUGCUCCCUGUGAUGCCAAGGAGAUGAUUGAUCGAAUUCGUAAAUUAGAAGAAGAGGUCUUCAACAAGCCAAACACUACCGUCCCGUUGACAUCAGUGGCAGCGGGGAUACGCCCAGAGCAUAGCACGAGAAACGGGAACAGCGGUACAAUCACCCGUGCGAGGUCCCUUCUUCUCCCAGAUGGUACACCGUUUGGAUCCCACAGGCUUUCGACCUCAUCGGAUGAUUCCUCCCAAGAUAGGGCCCGUGUGGCGCAUCUAGUCGCACAGCUGCCUCCGCUAGGACAAGCCAGGGAGUUGUUCGACCAUUUCUCUCUUGCUUUACAUCCCACUUUCGUGGUUCUCCAUCUACCGUCCACCCGGGUUUUGAUGGAGGAGACAUAUCAUAGCAUCGUCCAAGGCGAUGACGAGCCUUGCAUCGCCAAGCUGCUCAUGCUUUUCACCAUAUUCGCUGGUGCUGCACUGACCUGGACAUCCCAGAUCUUGGAAAGACUGCGUUCCACACCAGAAGAAGCGAAGGCGGCCUUCACGGCAUACACCCGUCUGGCUAUAUCUAUCCUGGAUAACGUUCAUCGACCAAUAGCUCCAUCGACUAUCGCUCUGGCAGCCAUUACUACUCUAGCCCAUGUGGUCGCUAACGCGGACGGCUUUCCCGUCAAAGUCCAUUGGCUUCGGAGUCGGUGCCUUUCGAUGGCACGCAUGAUGCAAAUUGAUCGCCUUGACAUGGUCACGAGUCGUGAGGAACGAAGACUCAAGGGAUGCGACAUGAUCGAAAUCGAAGUCCAGAGACGGAUUUGGUGGCAUAUGGUGGCCUCGGAUUGGCUAGAUGCAUUCUCAGGAGGUCCCCAGGAAGGUGCAUACAUAUUCCAACCCAGGCACAUGAAUGUGAAUUAUCCAAGCAACGCCGACGACGAGUCCAUCACGUCGACCGGGGUAGAGCAUGAGCUUCCCUUGUCCGCUCCCACGUCCAUGUCCGCCUUCAUUCAGCGAGUGAAACUGGCCGAUCUCUGCCGCGAAAUCGUCGAUACCAUGCCGUCCAUGUUCUUGGAAUCACAGGAGCCGGCGUACGGCGUUGUCCUGGCGCUGGACGACAAGUUGCAAACCUACCUGAAACAGCUUCCCGUCUUCUUCCAACUCGACCCUAUCAGUAUCCAGGAAAGCCGGAGUAUAUGUAAAGAGCGGCCACACAUCGCCUGGCAAAGACUCGGCGUUCAUGUCAGCCUCCAUGCGCGCCUGUGCCGACUCCACCGACCAUAUCAUCUCAGAGGCUCAACAGACCCCAAAUACGCCUACUCUCGUGCCACUUGCGUUCGGUCAGCUCACACGAUCCUGGAGCUGCGGCGCUCGAUGGACGACAUGGCCCCACUGGCGGGGGUCCGGCCAGCGCGCUUCUGGGUCAUCAUGCACCAUGUCUUCAUGGCGGCGCUUACUCUGGCCACGGACGUGUCGUUCAACCCAGACGCACCAGAAGCCGAGGCUCAAAAGGCCAAGGUGAUGGUCGCCUAUCAGAUGCUAGAGAGGUCCCGGGAAGAAUCAAGCGCCCUCAUGGAGGGGAUUCAGAAGAAUAUGCAGAUACUCAUCGCAACGCUCCAGAAACGGCGGACACAGAUGCCGAGUCCACAGCUUGAAGAACUUAGGGGAACAAGGAAUGGAACACAAGUGGCGCCUGAAGACAUGGUAUCGAAUUAUCAAGCCUCUCGGGAACCCGAUAGCCUGCCCUUAGUUGAGAGCGACAAAACAGGACUCAACAAUCCCAUCCCAGCCGGCGCCGGGACACAGAGAAGCAGAUAUCUGGAUGGGGCCAUAGGAGAUCAAGAAAACCUGGAUCAACUGCAGUCAGAGUUUUUAGCCGCUGCGUCAGAUUUGGAUUCCUUCCAAUGGACUUCAGUACUGGACGAUACGGACCUCAGUUUUCGAGCCAGACGUUUCCUGGUGGAAGCACAAGACUUACUCGACAAAGGCAUAGGCAGAUAA